AUGAUCUCCGAGCGAUGGUUAUCCAUCCUAGCAGCAUGUACACUUGGUACAUUGGCAGUAACAGAUGAAUACCCAAGAACUCAUCAAACUCAUGAUUUCUUUGCCGUACAACUCAACUUGUCCAUCGUGUCUCCCGAAAAAGUUGCAACCCAUCUCGGAGCACGGUACGAAGGCCAAAUCGGAGAAUUGACGGACCAUCAUAAUUUUUCUGUGGCGAAGUCAAAAACUGGGCAAGCCGGCGCUUGUCUGCCGGCAAUUUCGGGGCCAUUUGGUCACAUCAACUGUAUCAAUGGUGUGCUUUGGUCCCAAAUUUUAACCCCAGGGGCCCAGCUACGGCAUAAACGGAUCCAUCGACCGCGAGUGGCGCAUCUAAAUAUUACAGGCUGGGUUGAGGAUGCGGCUGCGGUUCAGACCCGAAGUAGGAUCUCGUCGACGCUGGGAAUCACCGAUCCUUUGUUCAACUCACAGUGGCACUUGUUCAAUACAGUUCAGCUUACGCAGGACAUGAACGUUACUGGCGCUUGGUUAGAAGGGGUGACUGGAAAAGGGACUGUCACUGCCGUUAUCGACGAUGGCUUGGACUUCCACAGCAACGAUCUGAAGAAAAACUAUUUCCCUGCUGGGUCCUAUAAUUUUGUCGAGAAUUCAAAGGAGCCUGACCCAAAACAUGUAAACCAGACUCAUGGAACCCGAUGCGUAGGGGAGAUCGCUCCAGGAAUAAAUGGAAUUUGUGGGCUUGGAAUGGCAUACGAUGGAAAGAUAUCAGGGAUUCGUCUGUUGUCUGGGCAAAUAGAUGAAAGUGACGAGGCUGCUGCCAUCAAUUAUCAAUAUCAAUCGAAUGAUAUCUACUCUUGCUCAUGGGGUUCUCCUGACAAUGGCAGGGUAAUUGGAGGAUCAGGAACACUGGUUAAGCGUGCCCUAGAAAACGGCGUGACAAAUGGCAGGCAGGGUAAGGGUUCGAUAUUCGUUGUUUCUGUUGGUAAUGGGGGAUAUCUCGAUGAUGACUAUAAUUUCGACGGCUACGCAAAUAGCAUUCAUACGAUUGCAGUCGGCGCUAUCGAUCGGGAAGGGAACCAUCCAGAAUAA